GCCACGGUAGAUGUCCAGUUUACAGAUUUACCGAACGCCCUGAUAGCCUGCAAAGUGCCGGAGGAUUUGUUCAACGAAGGCAGUCAGAAGGCGAUUGGCUUGCAGUGAAUGAACGGCUGAAUGACACCAGGAAGAGGAGGGGGAUGGGAUCAUGGGUAAUGCGUCAUCGACUGGCAGGGGCUCAUUUAAGCAGCUGUGUAGCAGGAGGAGGAGAGAGAAAGAGAGAGCGAGAGCUUAGAAAAGGGCUUAAUGACAUUUUCAGCUCUCCACACCCAAAUCUCUGGAAAAUUCCUUUAGUUUGCAGGCUGCUGCAGAGCUCGCUCACUGAGACCUACUGAGGGAGACAGGAAAAGGCUGAAUAUUAAGUGGUUGAAUUUUGGAUUUCGUCUUUUACUUGCAAGUGUUGUUGGAGGUGACUAGAUAACCUUGGAAUUUGGGUUUGAAGGCUGUUUGUUGUCUGAGGUUUCCUGAAUGUAGUGAAGUGUAUCUGUAACAUUGUGGACUGGUCCACUGUGAAGACAAACUGCCACUUUACGGCUACCAAAGAAGAUCCAUGUGUAAGGAACCAGAUCUGGAUAAAAUCUGACCUGUUUCCUGUUGGAGAGCAUCUAUUACUUCCUCUUGUCUGUCACGCUGGGGAAGGCAACGCUUUUCCGACCCCCCCGAUUCCCCCCUUCCUCUUCAUCAUCUCCCUCAUCAUCCCCACCACCGUUGAAGUCUGUUUCAGCAUCUCGUUGUACCCUGACCUCAGGUAUCAGUUGGAAAAGGUUUCGGUUCCCAGGAUCACCCAUCAUGCACAUCAAGACUACUAAGUGUAACCGCUUCUGCCUGGUAGCCUCAGUGACUAACCAGGAAGUGUUUACUCGUCCCGAGGCACAGGCCAGUUUUGAGACCUUGUUCCGUUCGUUUGACCCAGAGGUGCAGUUCCAGUACUUCAGGUCUUUCCGGCGGGUCAGGAUCAAUUUCAGUGAUGCUCUGGCUGCAGCUGAGGCGAGACUGCGACUGCAUAAGACUGACUUUAAUGGCAAAGAGAUGAGACUCUACUUUGCCCAGUCUGUCCAUAUAGGGAGUCCUCGGCUGGAGCCUCCCAAGCCAGAGAAGCAGUUCCUGAUCUCCCCCCCUGCCUCCCCUCCUGUUGGCUGGGAACAGUCUCAGGACGCUACACCAGUCAUCAAUUACGACCUGCUGUGUGCCAUCUCAAAACUAGGACCAGGGGACAAAUAUGAGCUCCACACCGCCACACCCACCACCCCCAGUGUGGUCGUCCACGUCUGCGAGGAUGAGCGCGGCGAUAGCUCGGCCCCUGAUGACAGCGACCAGGAUGACAAGCCCCGCCCCCCGCGUCCAAAAAUCAUCCAGACACGACGUCCCGACUACAGUCCAGGGGUCAAGCAGUGAGCAACCACGGGGGGGCGGCAGUGUGAUGACUGUAACAUUCCAUCCUGAAGUGACUGGUCAAGAGCUGAACACACUCUCUGAGCUUUGAAGGUUUAGGGACUUUGGGCAGGCACCCAAGGGUGCUGCGAUCUCCCGUAGCGGAGGAUUUCAUAAGACAGAGAGAGAAAACAUAGUGUCGAAUGCUGCAUUCAUGUCCCAUGGGAAAGACAGCAGAUAUGAACUUCCUAGUGGAAAAUACGGUUCAGUUUAGCCAUCAGAUGAUAUGUGCUGCUUGUGAAUUUGAGGUUUGGAGAUGGUACUGAAAGGAGAUGUUAGUUUUGAACUGUAGAAAAUAAUGAAUACCAUUUUUUUGAUUGUAGUGUUUAAAAUAUCUUGACAGGAGACUUUGCUGGAUUUUUGGUUUGUGGUGAUAUUUUUGCCAAAAAAAAAAAAAAAAAGACUGAAAUGUACCAUGAUUAAGUUUGUGUUUUUGUGAGAUUAACCUGAUCGGGUGCAAAUAAAGUCUGUCAAAGUGAAUUGGAUGUAAUUCCCAAAUGACAUGAAUGCAGCAUCAUUCUAAGAAGUCAUGUUUGUGUUUUCCUCAUCUAGAGUUCGGGAUGUAAUGGAAAGACUGUAGAAGGAAAUGAUUCAUCAACUUUCCAAGUGUUGAUUUUUUUGCUAGGGUGUUACAUAUUUCUGUCAGUCAGCUGUAGAGGUUGAAUAUCUACAGGUUACACACCACUGGCAUGUGCUUUUUCAGAUCCCCUUUGGUUGCGUGGUUAUAACCUAAGAGGUCAUGUUGGUGCUGCAGCUCCCUUUCACUCUUCACUAUUGUUUGAUGCUGUUUUAUGGUGGAGAAGUCAAGUCAAAGCUCAUCUUACUCACAUUUACAGACAGGCUUUGGUGUUUGCUGCUUACAUUAAAACAUAAUUCCAAAAUGAGGAGAUUGCACCAACAGCGUUCCAAUAAUGACUUCUAAUAGUGUUAUUUGUGGAUUAUUUUAGUUUUGGUAAUCUGUGUGUUUGUGUUUUGGUUGUAGUUUAGCAAAGAAAUGUUGCUAUUUGACAUUUAAUAGAGCUAAAAUACAAUGGCUUUACAGGGCUUUUUAUUUUUGAAUUAAUUACUCAUGCCAAGCCCUUCAUCUGAGGGCUUCAACUACAUCAACCAUGGUAUCUUGUCGGUUAAAAAAAAAAAAAACAACAACAAAAAAACCAGGGCUAACCUUUUUUGUGUUCAUACUUGGGCUAAAUAGUAUUCUGAAAGAAAAGUCUUUCUGCAAAUCUGUCUGAGAAAAUACAAGUGAAGCAUUGUUAUUCAACCUAUGACUCAGGGCCCAGUGCGCUUUCUGGCCUCUUCUGGUGGGUCCCCAUUUGAUAAGAAUGCUUGUAUGUUUUAAGGAGAUUAGUGCGUUGCCUAUAGUUAAUGUCUUAUUGUAUUCCUACAAGCUGUUUGCAUGUAUAAUAACAAUUGUACGUCAGAAAAAAUGCACCAGAAGUGCGUAUGUGUGUGCGGCUGUUAUUUCUGUUCAGACGGGUGUGUUAACUGUUGCUUCCCCAUUAGCAGUGGAGUCGCAAGCGUGCUGUGCAUACACUGUUGUUGAAACUGCUCUCUUUAUUGUUACAUUACAGUUACAACAGAGGUGUGCAAGCGUGUCACAGACCUUCAAAAUACUGACAGUAGUCCACAGACUGCCAUUUGAUACAAUAUUAUUAUACACCCAUUUUUUCCUUUCACUUAAGAUUUGUAAAACAUUGUAGAAACCUAAGUUUUUUUUUGAAUACUUCAGUGAAAACAGUCCUCUGAAGGUUUUUUAGGAAACCCCAGUGUUAACAGAUGUCUGUUAUUAAAUGUCUUCUACGAUGGUCA